AACCGCUAUAACCGUCUUUCUUCUUCCUGCAAACUCUAUCAGUUCAGUUCCUUACACUCACUACUUCCAUGGCGAGCUUCAGCUUCAACACCACCAGAAUCAGAACUCCCACCCUUCACUCUCAAAAACCCAUCUCCAAAUUCAUCUCCCGCGCAAAACCCAUCAAAAUCCCAUCUCCUCUCUCCACCACUCCCUCAAAACCCGGGCCAAAACUCCGCUGUUUCCGACCAAAUUCCGUAUCGGAAAGCUCUGUUUCCACGACGCAAGAGGCAGAGGAGGAGGAAUUCGAUGAAGUGGACGAUGACCCGACGGCGGAGCUGAGCUACCUCGACCCAGAAACCGACCCGGAGAGCAUUUCGGAGUGGGAGCUGGAUUUCUGCUCCAGGCCGAUUUUGGAUAUCAGGGGGAAGAAGGUGUGGGAGCUGGUAGUGUGUGACGAAUCGCUGUCUCUGCAGUUUACAAAGUAUUUUCCGAACAACGUUAUCAACAGCAUUACUUUGAAGGAUGCUAUUGUGUCCAUUAGUGACGAAUUAGGCAUCCCUCUGCCGGAUAAAAUCCGCUACUUCAGGUCACAGAUGCAGACAAUUAUCACAAAAGCAUGUAACGAGCUCGGUAUAAAGCCGAUUCCCAGCAAACGGUGCCUAUCGCUGCUUUUGUGGUUGGAAGAACGCUAUGAGACAGUAUACACACGCCAUCCUGGUUUCCAGAAAGGAUCUAAGCCACUCCUUGCGUUGGAUAACCCUUUCCCAAUGGAACUUCCGGAAAAUCUUGUUGGCGAGAAAUGGGCCUUUGUUCAGUUGCCCUUUUCAGCUGUUCAAGAGGAAAUCUCAUCCUUAGAUACGAACCUUGUGUUUGGUGCAAGUCUAGAUUUGGAUCUGUUGGGGAUUGAAAUUGACGAGAAGACAUUGAUUCCAGGAUUGGCUGUUGCAUCUUCGCGUGCAAAACCGCUAGCAGCUUGGAUGAAUGGGUUGGAAGUUUGCUCGAUUGAAGUCGAUCUGUCACGGGCUCGCUUGCUUCUUUCUGUCGGGAUCUCUGGCCGAUAUAUUUACGCCACCUACAAUAAAACUCCUGAAACAAGUAGUGAAGCCGAAGCUUGGGAAGCAGCAAAGAAGGAUUGUGGAGGCUUGCACUUCCUUGCAAUCCAGGGGGACUUGGACGGUGAUGAUUGUGUCGGAUUUUGGCUUCUGCUAGACUUGCCACCUCCACCUGUAUAGUUUAAUCUGUCGAAAGGUUUUCGAAAGAAAUAACUCUCACGUUAGUUUCUCAGUUACAUUACUUCAUCUUCAUACUUCAGAGUUGAGAAAUGAUUGCGAAUACUGCUUCGGAAAGGAGUUUCUAGUUGAAAAUUUGUACUGUUAUCAAACUCGCUAUCCGGCAAAUUUGGUAGCAGGGUUCAAGGUCUCUCAUGCAAAACUAGGGUUCGGGGUCCUUGAGUUAUGGUACCGGGUCUGUGAUCCUGUGUUCAGGAUCACAGACCCAAAGUUAUCCACUUAACAUUUACAACUAGUAUUGCCCCUCCUUCUAAGGAACUUUAGGAUGCGAAAUAUUCCACAGAAAAGCAAGCACAACCCUCCUUCAUUCAUCUUCUUUAUUCUAACCUCGUUUGAAGUAGUCUUGAUUUCGCAGUUCACCCCUGCAGGUUUCCAGAACUUACCAAGUUCGUCAGGCGUGGGAUUUACAGUUUCACGACUAAUUGAUGGUGCCACCAAAACUGACUCCCGCUCAGGCGUAGUCAGUUACGAGGCACCACGAUCUGCACAAACAAUGACUUGAGGAUGGGAUGCUUUCUAAUUGCUGAACAAAUUUCAGUCAUCAAAGUAAUGCCGGAAGCAUUCAUACUUUCAAAGAUGGUAAACACAUCUGGACCGGUACGAAAACAACUUUUCAUUCCUAUCCUCUCUGUUACCGAGAGUUCUAAAAUAUCAUAGUUCGAGGCUGAGUAUUCGAAUACAUUUCAAGAAGGUAGCUUAGCUGUCUAUACAACGACAAAAAAAGAGAAAAAGA